GGUCCUCACCAGCAGUCAAAACCUCCGAUGGUCCCCUCUGCGUACGAGAUCGGAAAUCAGUAAUUAUACGGUUGUGGGUUGGGAGUUACGAGAAAAUUAAGACAUUCCCAGGGGCAAGACUCUCUCUUCCUCUCUGUAAUCUCUCUCUCUCAGUCUUUAUCUGUCUUUCUGAUAAUUCUGGUUGAGCUCCUUCGCCUACACCUCUUAAAUUCUUCACCCCCCAUCUGAUCUCCAUUCCUACAUUGUAAUUAAGACAAUAAAAAUCCUGCCUCUCUAUAGACUUUUUAGCCUAAACUACCCUCCUCUCUCUCUCUCUCUCUCUCCAAUGGCUGCUCAGUUUUGGUUGCUCCUCAGACGCCUAUACCUCACUCUUUACAAUUGGACCGUCCUCUUCGGAUGGCUUAAAGUCUUGUACCUUGCGGUCCAGACACUCGGGGAGUCCGGCCAUGAACACGUUUACGACGCCGUCCAACGCCCGCUUCAGCUCGCUCAAACCGCCGCCCUCUUGGAGAUUAUUCAUGUUCUAGUGGGCCUGGUGAGAUCUCCGAUAACAGCAACACUGCCACAGAUUGGUUCCAGGUUGUAUUUGACGUGGGGUAUCUUGUGGAGUUUCCCUCAGACUCAGAGUCACAUACUUGUGACCUCCCUGGUGAUCAGUUGGUCCAUCACCGAGAUUAUUCGGUAUUCUUUCUUUGGGAUGAAGGAGGCGCUUGGUUUUGCACCUUCAUGGCUUUUGUGGCUCAGGUAUAGCUCCUUUUUGUUGUUGUAUCCAACAGGUAUCACUAGUGAAGUUGGUCUAAUAUAUGUUGCCCUGCCUUACAUCAAGGCAUCUGAAAAGUACUGUAUAAGGAUGCCAACCCAGUGGAACUUCGCAUUUGAUUACUUCUAUGCCUCAAUUGUUUGCCUUGGAAUUUAUGUGCCAGGCAGUCCACACAUGUACAGCUAUAUGCUUGGGCAGAGAAAGAGGGCUCUCUCAAAAUCCAAAAGGGAGUAGAAUGGCAGCAAAGUUUUUUAACAUUAUUCUUAUUGUUUAUUUAAACUUUUUUGUGGAAGGGAAAUCUAUUUGCAGGCAUCUGAAAAGUACUGUAUAAGGAUGCCAACCCAGUGGAACUUCGCAUUUGAUUACUUCUAUGCCUCAAUUGUUUGCCUUGGAAUUUAUGUGCCUGGCAUGACUCAGCAUUCUUCUUUGAAAGAUAACACCUCAUUUUUCUAGUUGGUCAGUAUUUUGUUUGGACCUCAAUUGAUAAAAUAGCAUAUGUUGCAGGCAGUCCACACAUGUACAGCUAUAUGCUUGGGCAGAGAAAGAGGGCUCUCUCAAAAUCCAAAAGGGAGUAGAAUGGCAGCAAAGUUUUUUAACAUUAUUCUUAUUGUUUAUUUAAACUUUUUUGUGGAAGGGAAAUCUAUUUUCGAAAAUGGUUUCUUGGCCCUUUUUUUUAUUUUUUAUCUGUAGCAUUAUCAAAUUAAAUAGAUGAAAAUUGCCUAAUGUUGAUUUUA